AUGAGGAGCAUCUCUCGGUCGGAUAAGAACGGAAGCAGGCGUGCGAAAAGAGCAUCGCUGAAGUAUCGGGAACCCUUGAGUAAGCGUCAGGAAGUGUUGAUGCUUCCUCCUCUUGCGCAGCAGCCGCUUUCGUGGGAAUCAUCGGUUGUCGGAAAUCUUAGCCAGCAGCAGCCAACUCCAAGCAUCUGUUCUCGAUUGAAAAAGGGAACGUGGACAGAUGAAGAAGAUAGAACUCUAGUUGAUUACAUUUGUAAGCAUGGGGAAGUGAACUGGAACACCGUUGAGAAAGAAUCUGGAUUCAAUCUCUGCAUGAAAUCAUCGUGUAAGUUAUGCUGGAUAAAUCAUUUAAGACCUGAUUUGAAGAAAGGUCCGAUAACAGCCGCCGAUGAAAUAGAGACGAUUGUUCUUUUUAAUGCCAGUAUUGCAAAUAAAUGGUCACGCAUAGCUGAAGAGGAAACCAACACUACUCAAGCACCAAAUUUGAACAACACAGUAGAUGAAGCACAUAAUCUGAACAAAUUCACCCCUGUUGUUGAACCCAAAAGGUACCCAAUUAUUGGUAUAAAAAAAUGUAGAUUUCGAGACCCUAAAGGGUUGUUUCGGGACCCCGAAAGGGUAGUUUCGGGACCUGAAAGUAUGGUUUCUGGACCAAAAAUGAUAGUUUGGGACCCAAUAGGGUCGUUUCGUGACCCGAAAUGGUGGUUUCAUGACCCGAAUGUAUGGUUUCUGGAUCAAGAAAUGCAGGUUUCAGGACCCUAA